AUGCACAAGUUGAAGUUGGCUGAUUUUGGAUUGUCAUUAAAAGUUGGUGAUGGAAUGGCAUAUAUGACUGGAGCUCCGUUGAGCAAUCGGGGCAGAGAUGAUGCGAAAGCUUAUGAUAUAUGGUCACUAGGAUGUACAGUGGCAGAGAUGAUGACUGGGAGUCGCUUUUGGCUUUGUCACGACACUAAAGAUUUGCAAUGGCAGAUUAUGAAUGAAGACCCUAUAAUUCCAAGUAAUGUUUCUGAGAUUGCUAGAGAUUUUCUAUACAAGUGUUUCAUAAAGGACCCUCGAAGAAGAUGGACAACCGAACAGCUAUUGCAACAUCCUUUUAUUCAGCAAGCUUUAUGUACUUCUAACCUGAUGCCUAAAACUCAAGGGAUGAUAGCAAGGGUUAAUCCUUUUGUUUGCAAACUUCCAAUUCCAGUAAGUGAGAAGGACUUCAUCAAUUCACUCUUUGAAAGUAGUUUAAGGAUACAAUGA